AGAGCAGUGCAUCAGAUGUCCAAGUGAUCACCAUCCAAACAAAGAUCAAGAUCUAUGUAUCCCUAAGACUGCAGUAUUCCUCUCUUAUGGAGAAAAGUUGGGCAUUAUCAUGGUUUCCUUUGCCUUGUUUUUAUCCUUACUCACUGGCUUUGUCUUAGGAAUCUUUAUUAAAUAUUUCGACACCCCAAUAGUCAAAGCCAAUAACCGGGACCUUUCCUACAUCAUCCUCGUUGCCCUCCUGCUUUCCUUCUUCUCCACCUUUCUCUUCAUUGGACGGCCAAGGAGAGUCACUUGCCUCCUCCAACAAACAGCCUUCAGCGUCAUCUUCUCAGUGGCUGUCUCUUCCGUCUUGGCCAAAACCAUCACAGUGGUGCUAGCCUUCCUGGCCACAAAGCCGGGGAACAGGAUGAGCAGAUGGCUUGGGAAGAGUUUGGCCAGCUCCAUUAUCCUUUCCUCUUCUGCUGUGCAGGGAAUCAUCUGCUCCAUCUGGCUCAGUGUCUCUCCCUCUUUUCCUGACUCUGACAUGCACUCCCUACCUAGAGAGAUCAUCCUCCAAUGCAGCGCAGGCUCUGUUGCCAUGUUUUAUGUUGCCCUCGGCUACAUGGGCUUCCUGUCUGUCGUCUGCUUCACAGUGGCUUUCCUGGCCAGGAACCUGCCUGGGGCCUUCAACGAAGCCAAGCUGAUCACCUUCAGCAUGCUGGUCUUCUGCAGCGUUUGGGUGUCCUUCCUGCCUACCUAUCUGAGCACCAAGGGCAAGUCCAUGGUGGCCGUGCAGGUCUUCUCCAUCUUGGCCUCCAGCGCUGGUCUCCUGGCAUUUAUCUUCAUCCCCAAGUGCUACAUUAUCAUCUUAAGACCUGAUCUGAAUACAAAGGAGCACCUAACAGGAAAAAAAUAAA